AUGCAUGCGUGGGAAGACACAUAUGGAGCAAAGAUAGGAGAUUUUCGAAGAAUCGAAGACUUUCUCCUUUUACCAGACUUGGAAGAUGAUGAAGUUUGUGAAGAAGACCCGGGUAACAAAGAGAGUGAUUUUCUCGAGAAAACGGAUCACAUUUCCGGUGCUGCUGGUAAAUUAAACGAUUUGGAUAAGUCUACAUUGUUGCGUGUGUCAAAUGUAACAUUCAAGCAAAAUGAUCGGGAAGGAGAACUUAUUGUGCGGGAUAUUGAGCUUGUCAUACCGUUUAAAAGUUUAACGGUCAUUACCGGACCCGUUGGCAGCGGGAAAUCUACUCUUCUUUCCGUGAUCGCUGGAGAAAUCCGUCCAACUUGCGGAACGAUAAAUUUGCAAGGGACGAUCAGUUAUCUUCCCCAGAUACCUUGGAUUUUUUCUGGAACAAUAAGAGAAAACCUUUUAUUUGGUCAGCCCUACGAGGAAUCUAAAUACAACAGAAUAAUCGAAGCCUGUGCUCUUAAAGAAGACAUCCAGCGAUUUCCCGACGAAGAUCAAACGAUUGUUGGAGAACGCGGUGAGCUUCUGAGCGGAGGACAGCAAGCAAGAUUGAGUUUAGCACGCGCAGUUUAUGUUGACAAAGAUUUUUAUCUAUUGGAUGAUCCGCUGAGCGCUGUUGAUUAUAAGGUUGGACGGUACAUCUUUGAAAAAUGCAUUAAAGGCGUCCUGAGCAAUAAAACCUGUCUGCUGACUUCCCAUCAAGGACAGCAUAUGAAAGACGCAGAAGAAGCCAUUUUGUUGUGUAAAGGGCGUGUGCUAGAAAAGGGUUGCUUCACUGAGCUGCAAGAAAAAGGCGUCAUAAGUUCAACCAUGGACCCGCUCUUUAAGGCGGCUCCUGAUGAUAGCACUAAAUCAGAGGGAAGCUUUGGUCACAGGAUUAGUGAAAAAUCUGAAGAUUCCGAUAAAUGUACAGAUAUUACUCGAGUUUCUGAUAAAGGCAAAGGUCUGGAAAUGGUCCACGAAGAUCGUUCAAUUGGGGUAUUGAUAUCCAAGCUUUACUGGGAAUACUUCAGGAGUGGAGUCCACCCACUGGUGAUUAUUGCAGUUGUUUGUUUCUCUCUUUUCACACAAGCCUCCAUAGUUGCCCCAGAAGUCUGGAUCUCAUUUCUUACAACGAAGAUUUCGAAAGAAUGGAAAGACAAGACAAAUCUAAUAAUCUACGGAAGUCUCGUUGGUGCCUGCUCCAUAUUCGCCUUUACUCGAGCAUACGCAUUCCUUCUGGUUUCUCUGAAAUCCGCUGAACGAAUUCAUGAAAAGAUGGUUGUGGCUAUUUUACAAGCACCGGUUUUGUUCUUUGAUUCAAAUCCCUCCGGAAGAGUCCUUAAUCGCUUUUCUAACGACAUAGGUUGUGUGGAUGAGGUGUUGCCCAAAUCAUUUAUAUUUGCAUUUCACAUGCUUUUGCUGGUUUUUACGGCAGUACUUCUGCCAAUUGCCUCCAACCUAUGGCUUCUGUUUGCUGUCAUUCCAAUGACCGUGAUAGUUGUGUUAAUAAUCAAUUAUUACUUGAAGAGCUCUAUGGAACUUAAACGGUUGGAGUCCAUAAGUCGCAGUCCAGUCUUCUCUCAUAUUUCAGAAACCCUAAUAGGACUGGAAACUAUUCGUACAAGGGGAAGACAAAGCCAUUUCAUAGAUGCGUUUUGCAGAUCUCAAGAUGUUCAUAAUCAGUCGUACAUUAUGGUGAUUGCUAGUGGGAGAUGGCUAAGUGUACGCUUGGAUAUUGUCGCCUCUCUUUUAAUUGGUGCAGUGACUCUUGUAGCAGCUUUCACGGCUCAAGAUGCCGCAUCCGCUGGGCUCUCAUUUGUGUACGUCAUACAGGCAAACGGUUUGUUUGCAUUGGCUGUCAGAAAAAUUUCGGACGUAGAGAAUUACAUGACCUCAGUUGAACGAGUUAUCUCCUUCACCAAAAUUGACCCUGAACCUGGAUAUAAGGCGGACCACAGGUACUGA